AUGCGCUGGAUGCGGCGAAGCGCACGCCGCCUGGUCGAGAGUUUGUACGAGUCCCUACACCGCAUCCCGCCCUAUCUACAGGAUCAUCCCUCCGUGGGUAGCGACACGGAGACCUCUGGCCCGCCCAACAGCGAGGGGCGGGCUGCGGGAUCUGGGGGAGAGAGGGAGAGAUUGACCCGGUCAACCAGCCGGCCAACGGAGCGGAAUCGCUCUACAGUAAGGUUUCAAGAAGGAUCUACACCGCCACACAGCUCGCAGGAGCUUGUCUCUGUGCAGCAAGAAGAGGCCCAAGAAGGUCUUAAGGAUGUACGAGGGCCUGAUCAAGCCCCAGACCUCUAUAAUCAUCCAGAUGCGCACUAUGAGGAUCGGAUUGAGGCAUUCCCUCUUCAAGAUAAAUCAGGUCGACUCUGA